UAGCGGGAUUCACAAAGACUGUUGUAUAAAUACACACAAAAAUCCAGAACAAUUGUAUUCACGAAGCCCAUGCUCUCAAAUUCAUGAUUUGAUUUGUCUCAGAUACAGACGGAUUAGUUUAACAACAAAUCUGUAUUUAGGAGUUUGUUAGAUGAGCUCGAGAUUAUCGGGCAACUUUUUCUUGGUCGAGGGAAAACUAAAUUUUUCGACAUUUAGUUCAUUAAUUACAGAUUCUCUGUGUAUUUUAUGAGAUGGUGUGAGAUCUCUGACAGUUGCCAGAAUGCCGAUCUACAGUGCAAAACGGUUGUCCAGACUGACGGGGAUUUCCCUUUCUCUGUCUAUGUCUGCAGCCGAUGAGAUCGGUAAAAGCCAGAAGCAAAAGCAGGAGAAUUUGAAAGGUUCAGGGAUCAAAUCCCAGGAGCUCAACAAAAAGGCAGAAAGUGGAGUAUCUGUAGGGUGCCCUAAGGGCAAUGGUGUCAGCAGAUCCACCACCAGAGGUAUUAAGUCUAGGCCUAGAUCUGUGUCACCUCCCAAGAACAGGGUCUCAUAUGAUUGGAAAGAGUUCGCUUCUAUAGAGAUAGAAGAAGAACGAGGUGACAGUAAAAAUGACAACAGUGAUGACUUGUCAAGGAAGCAGAGAACAUCAAGGAGAUGGAAUCUGAGGGAUUUGUUAUAUAGAAGUAGCAGUGAGGGUAGUAUUCAAAGAAAGGAGCGUGAGAGGCUGUUGUCACCACCUCUUCCUCCUGCAGGACCAUCAAAGAAGAAAAACAAGGCUGUCAAGCCAGCAGAUCAGUUAGGAGCAGGAAAGCCCAUCAAUCUCAAGACAGCAGAUCAAUUAGGAGCAGGAAAACCCAUCAAUCUCAAGCCAGCAGAUCAAUUAGGAGCAGGAAAACCCAUCAAUCUCAAGCCAGCAGAUCAAUUAGGAGCAGGAAAACCCAUUAAUGGAGGUUCAACAAAAGCCAAGUUAACCAGUCCUAGUGCUUCUCCUAAUCAUAGUCUUAGAAAUAAUAAAAAUUCUAGAACAAGGAAUGGAGUUACAAUGUCUAGCCAUGAAUUGUAUUAUCAGACAAACAGAGCUCAGGCUGAGGAGCUAAAAAGAAGAUCAUUCCUGCCAUACAGACAGGGAUUGUUGGGUUGCAUGGGGUCCUUUCCUACCACAACUAGCACCCAGCAUAUCAUGCAGCCUUCUCCUUGUUAGUUCUGCCAUUUUUUUUUUAAUUUAAAUAUAUGAUUAUUAUUUUAGGAAAAAAAAUAGGUUGAUGAUUAUUAUUAUUUUAAGUUAAAAAUAUGAUUAUUGUUUUAGAUAAUAAAGUUUCCGAGUCCCACGGCCAAAAAUGGUCUAUAAGAUUCUAUUUGUAGAAAUGAAGUAUGCUCUUUCAGUGUAGGUGGUUUUUUAACCUAGCCUUUGUGCCUGGUUAUGGCAAGAAAGACCCCCUUGGGCCUCAAUGAAUAUGAGGGGCCUUUUCUAUUGUUUAUUGUAUACAUUUAAUAAUA